CCCCUUCCUGGCCUCAGACGAGAUCCUGACCUAAGGACUUGUAACAGCCGAGACAAAGCCCAGAGAUGGAAGCAGACAAGGUCACAGAAGAGCCUCAUACUACCACGGAUGCGGAAGAGAGCCUUUCUUCAAAGGACCCCACUGCUGAGGACUCACAGGAGCCCCCUAUCCCUGAAAUCCCCUUAAAGCCUGGCCUCUCUGAAACCCCUUUAGAGCCCCUUGCCUCUGAAUCUCGUAUGGUGCCAUCUACUUCCCAGAUCCCUUUAGAGACCCACACCUCUGAAACCCCUUUGGAGCCUACCAUCUCUGAGGUCCCUGUGGAGACACCUACCCCUGAGACCCAGUUGGAGACUGACAUCUCCAGGGUCCCAGAGAAACACCUUACUUUUCAGACCUCAUCACUAAGCCAUAUCUCUGGGUCUUCCCCUGAUGAUCUGAAGGAAGACUUCUCUGAGUCUUCCUCCAGUGAGGGCUCACGGACAAGGAGGUCCAUCCAGACUUCUGAAUGUGAGAGCAUCCCAAAGCACUCCCUUUCAGGCUUUCCAGCCCAGGUCUACCUGGACACAUCUGCAAAAGAGAGGGAAGAGGAAGAAGAGAGUGAGAAAGGGGUGGAUGCCACUGACAGCACCGCUCACACAGUUCAGCCUGAACACCAGCUGGGAAACACCAUCCACCCAGUGGUCCCUGCUAAGCAGGCAGACCUGGUGGAAGUGGCUAAAGCAAUGCACAGAGAGAAGUUUGGUGCUCAGGUGAAUUAUCUUUUCCAGUGGGAGAAGGAUGCAGCCCUGAAUGCCAUCCAAACAGGGCUCUACAUUGGCUGGCGCUGCCCCCAUUAUCUAUGGGACUGUUUCCGGAUUGGGGAUGAGUCCAAGUGCUUUUGUGGACAUUUGUUGAGAGAGCAUCAGAUCAUCUCAGACAUAUCCGUGCCCUGCAAUGUGGGCCAGUGUCGCUGCCUCAUGUUCUGCUUUAUCCCAUCACGCCCAGAGGAGGUGGGUGAGUUCUGGCUCAAAAGACGGGCCACCUUUGACCCCAGGGCUUGGAGGGCCCAGUGUCGGUGCAAACACAGCCACGAAGACCACACAGCUACCAGGUCCCAUUCCUGCAGGGUCAAAGGCUGUUGCUGCAACUGCUUUGAGUCUAAUUUCCUCUGUGCGGCCUGUGACCGGCGCUGGGAGGAACAUGAGACUUUCUUUGAGACUGGAGAGACCCGGCGGAGAGGAGGGAGGCCUCACGGGACAGACACUGUCAACACCUGGCACAGGCCUCCGUGA